CGGGCCCGCUCGCCGCACUCGCCGGGCAGCGCCAGCUCCGCCGCACCGCCAUGGCUUCCCCUCACAAGGCCAAGGACGCCUUCUCCUCCGACGAGGAGGGCGCGGCGCCCGAGGAGCACCGCAAAGUGAAGGUGUCCAGCCUGCCGUUCAGCGUGGAAGCGCUCAUGUCCGACAAGAAGCCGCCCCCCAAGGAGCCGCCGCUGCCCGCGGCCGGCGGCAGCGCGGACGGGGCGGCCGCGGGCACCUCCAGGAACCUGCUGCUGGCGGGCCACGGCUCCCGCGAGGCGCACAGCCCGCCCGGGCCGCUUACAAAAACCUUCGACACCGCCUCGGUCAAGUCGGAGAACUCGGAGGACGGCUCGUCCUGGAUCCCGGCGGAGGCCGGCAGAUAUUCCCCGCCGCCAAGACACCUGAGCCCCACUGCCUGCACCCUGAGGAAGCACAAGACGAACAGGAAGCCCCGGACGCCGUUCACCACCUCGCAGCUGCUGGCUCUGGAGCGCAAGUUCCGCCAGAAGCAGUACCUGUCCAUCGCCGAGAGGGCCGAGUUCUCCAGCUCCCUCAACCUCACAGAGACCCAGGUCAAAAUCUGGUUCCAGAAUCGGAGGGCCAAGGCCAAGAGACUGCAGGAGGCCGAGCUGGAGAAGCUCAAAAUGGCAGCCAAGCCCAUGUUGCCGUCGGGGUUCAGCCUCCCCUUCCCCAUCAACUCCCCCAUCCAGGCUGCCUCCCUGUACGGCACAUCCUACCCUUUUCACAGACCUGUGCUCCCCAUCCCGCCCGUCGGACUCUACGCCACUCCCGUUGGAUACAGCAUGUACCACUUAUCCUAAGAUCCGACAGACAGACAGACAGACAGACUUCCUGGUGGAUCCUGUCCAGCCCUGAGAAGGCAGAACCCCCAACCAGUGCUGGCCAUUCUUUCUGCACGCUUCUAUCUGGCAUCCUGAGUUGGCUGGGAGUUUGCUACGGGUUGGGCGUCUCCUGAGGGUGCUCUGAGCACUCAGAGUCUGCUCCUCUAAGC